ACCACCGGCCAUCCAGCAGAUCCCCACAGAGCAGCCUCAACCGCCGUAUUCAGAGAUCCCAGCUCUCCCAGUUCCUGUUUCCGCCGCAGCCUUUCUACUCAAUUUUCUGGAGCAACAAAUCUCGGCUGCCGCCGCGUCAGACCCCAGUCUCCGCAGCCCCGGUCGGAUGCCGCUGGAAGCCGGUGUAUCAUGUCACGGAAACAACUCCAAUAAAAGAAUCCUGUGGGACUGGAAGGAAACAGCAAGACGGUGUGGGCCAUCUGGUCAACACAGAGCUGGGUGGAGGGGAGGAGUCACCAAGCGGGACAUCGAAACACAGACAUCAGAGCAUGCUGGCCAUGCUUUAGCACACGCAGGAAAGGCUGGUUGAUCGCUGGAGAAACACCUGCUGCCUUUUCUUACACACCCCUGAGCCACAAACACACGCGUCUCCCUCUCAUCUGUCAUUUUCUGUACACCAUCCCUGCAAAGAUGCCCAUGCCAAGGGUGGCGCUGUGGCACUUGUGGUGACGGGGCACAGAGUGUGUGUGCACAUCCGGCAGGCAGGCCGGUGGGUCGGUUGGUGUACAGGCACACCAAGAGGCAUUUCUGGGUGGGCAAGGUUGCACCAUGCGGCCCUGGGCGGGUUCAUGGCGUUGGAUUACCCUGGUGCUGUUGGCCUGGGGCACGCUCCUUUUCUACAUCGGUGGCCACUUGGUGAGGGACAGCGAACACCCAGAGCGCUCCAGCCGGGAGCUCUCCAAGAUCCUGGCCAAGCUAGAGCGGCUCAAGCAGCAGAAUGAAGACCUGCGGCGCAUGGCCGAAUCGCUCAGGAUACCAGAGGGUCAGGCCGAAGCCGGGUCCCUCGCUGCAGGGAGACUGCGCUCCCUGGAGGACCAGCUAACCAGAGCCAAACAGAAGAUCCACAGCUUCCAGAAACUCACUGGAGAUGGCCCAGGGCCCACUCAGGAGGAGCUGCGGAGGACGGUGGAGAACGGUGUUAAGGAGUUCUGGUACUUUGUUCGCAGCGAGGUGAAGAAAUUGGCCAACGCCGAGCUCAGCGAGAGGCAGAAAUAUGCCGACACGCUCCUGCAGGACCUGGGACACCAGGAGAGGUCCAUCAUGACAGACUUGUACUACCUCAGCCAGGCGGACGGAGUGGGCGAGUGGAGAAUAAAGGAAGCUAAAGACCUGUCGGAUCUGGUCCAGAACAGAAUCACCUACCUACAGAACCCCCCAGACUGCAGUAAGGCGAGAAAGCUGGUGUGUAACAUUAACAAGGGCUGUGGUUAUGGCUGCCAGCUCCACCAUGUCGUCUACUGCUUCAUGAUCGCUUAUGGCACCCAACGCACGCUCAUCCUGGAGUCCCACAACUGGCGCUACGCCCCCGGCGGCUGGGAGACCGUCUUCCUGCCUGUCAGUAACACCUGCACUGACCGCUCUGGGGCCACCACUGGACACUGGUCAGGAGAGGCCCACGAUAAGGACGUCCAGGUUGUGGAGUUGCCUAUCGUGGACAGUCUCCACCCGCGGCCCCCCUACCUGCCCCUGGCGAUCCCUGAGGACCUGGCCCCGCGCCUGCACCGUCUGCACGGCGACCCCUCCGUCUGGUGGGUUUCCCAGUUUGUCAAGUACCUGGUACGCCCACAGACAUGGCUGGAGAAGGAGAUCCAGCAGACCACCGCCAAGCUGGGCUUCAAACACCCCAUCAUCGGAGUCCAUGUGAGGAGGACAGAUAAAGUGGGGACGGAGGCGGCCUUCCAUCCCAUAGAGGAGUACAUGCUGCAUGUGGAGGAGCAGUUCCAAAAUCUGGCCCGACGUGUCCACAUCGACAAGAAACGAGUUUACUUGGCCACUGACGAUCCAUCCCUGCUGCAGGAAGCCAAGACCAAGUAUCCAGACUAUGAGUUCAUCAGUGAUAACUCCAUCUCGUGGUCGGCAGGCCUUCACAACCGCUACACUGAGAACUCACUGAGAGGAGUCAUCCUGGACAUCCACUUCCUGUCUCAGACCGACUUCCUGGUCUGCACCUUCUCCUCCCAGGUCUGUCGUGUGGCCUAUGAGAUUAUGCAGACGCUGCAUCCAGACGCUUCCUCCUUCUUCUAUUCCCUGGAUGAUAUCUACUACUUUGGAGGUCAAAACGCCCACAACCAGAUCGCCAUCUACCCCCACCAGCCGCGCAACAGCGAGGACAUUCCCCUGGAGCCCGGAGACGUGAUAGGCGUGGCCGGCAACCACUGGGACGGAUACUCCAAAGGCAUCAACCGCAAACUGGGCCGCACCGGCCUCUACCCUUCCUACAAGGUGAAAGAGAAAAUCGAGACCGUGAAGUACCCGAUGUACCCCGAGGCAGACAAACUGCUCAACUCUCAAAAGAAGUAGAAGAAGAAAUUAAAAAAAAUAAAAGAAGAGAAGGAGUGAGGAGAAACACGCAGACUCCGAUUCCAGGGAAGGAGGCUGCUUUUGUACAGAAGAGAGAGGCGUACAUAGUGCGCAAAGCUGGGAAGAAAAGAAAAGGCCUGUACCCAGGGCUGAUAGGAAUGAAAAGGCACUCUGUGUGUUUAUGUGAGAGUGUGUGUAUGUAUGUAUGUGUGCGCAGACGUGUGUGUGUGUGCACUUGUGUAAAUUCCUGUGCAUAUGUCAGGUCAUGGAAGACUUGCGCCCUACCACUCCUCCCCCCUGCCCGAUGCUCUGACGUCGGGUCUGUAGAGAUGUAGACGUGAACAUUGAUUUUAAAUAAAGCGAGAAAACAAUUCAAAUCUACACAACUGACCGAGCUCGCUCUCCCAAGACGAGACUGGGACUACUGUAAGACUCGAAUCGAAUCAGUGACUGGGAAAAAAGAUGACAAACUGGGGGGGGGGGAAGUGUUUUGAUUUUAAUUUAAUUCUUUUCAGUGGUUUUGAUUCUAAUCUUGCCUUUUUUUCUUUUUCUCCUGUUUUGUUUACUGAAUGUACUGUAUCCUCUUCUUGCCAUGCUCACCGCUGCCCCCUCCCCCACACGCCUCCUGCUUCCCUCACUGUGCUUCCUCCAUCUCAUCUUUACAUGUGCAAUUAAUUUUAAAAUACCAUAUUGUGCUUUUAUUGAGUGUUUUUAAAGGGUCUUAAUUUUGUGCGUAUGGGGCUUGUGGAUUGUAUACUGUACAGUGUGUUUGCGUGCGUGGAUGGAUGGAUGCGUGCGUGAUCAAGUGUGCCUGUGUGUGCUGUUUAAGUCUAAGAGGCCGUGUCACGGCCUGAUUAAUGGUGAGCAGUGUGUGUUUUUAUUCCUGGCUUUCCUCCUGACUGAGUAGUGUUUGUGUGGCCAGCAGGAGACUGGCAGUGACAGCAGGGACUGUCCUCAGCCCCUCCAGCACUUGGAACAAUGGUGAACUCCAGUCACUCUGCUGGUGACCUCUAGUGAACAAUGGUAAGAUUAUGUGGAGUAUGGUGAACUCAUGGUGCACGCACACACACAGACACAGGAGCCGUCCCGAGGCUCACCAAAAGAAGCACUCCACUGAGAUAAUGUCCUUUUCGGCAUCUCUGCUGUCUCUUCUGUCCAUCUGUUUGUUUAUUUUUUUAUUUUUUACUUUUAACAUUGCUGUUUUAAAAUAAAUGAGGAAAAAUAUGCCUAUGUUUAAAAAAAAUAAUAAUAAUGCUAUGUCAUAUCAAACUCAGAGUCCCCAUCAUGAAGGCUUUUUUUUUCAUAACUUAUGUUCUUGGGCAUUGUCUUUGAUAACCACAGAUCGAAUAAACUUGAGAAACCAA